AACUUCCGCAUAGCUUGACAGAGGUGCGCGACGUUGUCAUUCUGGGUCGGUCUCCGCAUCCCGAGUUAAGAGAGACGGCUCUGAGGCAACCGUGUGUACCCGGUGAACAGUGCGCCCGUAGAAGCGAAGGGUCCCGCCACUUUGUGAAGAACAGAGAAGCGCAGCGUUGGAGAGCCGAGCCCGCGUUAAAAUGAAGACGCGACAGCCAGUCGGAUGGGUCUAUUUGCUAGUCGCCUAUUUCACUUCAUGCUCGGCGUUUUAUCUUCCGGGUUUAGCUCCCGUGAGUUUUUGUGAAACAGCUUCCGAAGAUUGCCAGUCGCAGAUUGAGCUGUUCGUUAACCGCUUGGACUCAGUGGAGUCUGUUCUGCCCUAUGAGUAUGACAUGUUCGACUUCUGCAAAGAUGUCCAUGAGAAGAGGCCGUCGGAGAACCUGGGUCAGGUGCUGUUCGGUGAGCGGAUUGAGUCUUCCCCUUACAAGUUCAACUUUAAAGAAGAAGUAAAAUGCAAGAAAGUGUGCACAAAGUCGUACAAAGCAGCCGACAAAGAUGACGUGGCAAAGCUGGAUUUUCUCAAGAUGGGAAUGCAGCUGAACUAUCAACAUCACUGGAUUAUCGACAACAUGCCAGUGACAUGGUGUUACGAAGUUGAGGAGGGUCAAAGAUACUGCAACCCAGGCUUCCCCAUUGGCUGCCUGGUCACAUCGGAGGGUAAAGCGAAAGAUGCCUGUGUAAUUAAUUCCGACUUCAACAAGAGAAACACGUUUUAUGUCUUCAACCAUGUGGACAUAAAGAUCAAUUACCACAGUGGAGACUCAGAGAGUUGGCACGGAGCUCGCCUGGUUGCUGCCACUCUUGAACCAAAGAGCUUCAGUCACGCUGAUGAAAACAGCCUAAAUUGCGAAACGGGAGAACCAAAGGAGGUCCCAGUAGACGCUAAACAGGAUGUGUCAAUAGUUUACACCUACUCCGUGAGAUUUGAGGAAGAUGUGCAUAUCAAAUGGGCCUCUAGAUGGGACUACAUCCUGGUCUCCAUGCCUCACACCAACAUCCAGUGGUUUAGCAUCAUGAAUUCCUUGGUCAUUGUGCUUUUCCUGUCGGGCAUGGUUGCCAUGAUAAUGCUGAGAACCCUGCACAAGGACAUCGCCAGGUACAAUCAGGUGGAUCAGGGAGACUUGGUAAAGCUUACGCCGACCAAGGAAAAGUCUUUUCUGCCCUAUGAGGAUGCGCAGGAGGAGUCGGGGUGGAAGCAGGUCCACGGGGAUGUCUUCCGUCCUCCCAGGAAAGGGAUGCUGCUGUCUGUCUUCCUUGGACAGGGCACCCAGAUCUUCAUCAUGACCUUUAUCACACUCUUCCUGGCCUGUCUUGGAUUCCUGUCUCCUGCCAACAGAGGAGCUCUGAUGACUUGUGCUGUGGUGCUCUGGGUCCUGCUGGGCACGCCUGCUGGCUACGUGUCUGCACGGCUUUACAAAACUUUUGGAGGUGAAAAGUGGAAGACCAACGUCUUGCUGACAGCACUCCUCUGCCCAGGGAUUGUGUUUGCGGACUUCUUCCUGAUGAACCUGAUCCUUUGGGUGGAGGGCUCCUCUGCUGCAAUUCCCUUUGGUACUCUGGUGGCCAUUUUGGCCAUGUGGUUUGGAAUCUCUGUGCCCCUCACUUUCAUCGGCGCCUACUUUGGAUUCAAGAAACCCGCAAUUGAGCAACCGGUGCGGACAAACCAAAUCCCCCGUCAAAUUCCCGAGCAGUCCUUCUUCACUAAACCCAUCCCUGGCAUCGUGAUGGGUGGGAUCCUUCCCUUCGGUUGCAUCUUCAUCCAGCUUUUCUUCAUCCUCAACAGCAUUUGGUCCCAUCAGAUGUACUACAUGUUUGGCUUCCUGUUCCUGGUUUUCCUCAUCCUCCUGAUCACCUGCUCUGAGGCCACCAUCCUGCUGUGCUACUUCCACCUGUGUGCCGAGGACUACCAUUGGUGGUGGCGCUCGUUCCUGACCAGCGGCUUCACGGCAGUCUAUCUCUUCAUCUACGCCGUGCACUACUUCUUCUCAAAGCUGCAAAUAAUCGGCGCGGCCAGCACCAUACUGUACUUCGGAUACACUAUGAUUAUGGUUCUCAUCUUCUUCCUCUUCACAGGUACAAUUGGGUUCUUCGCUUGCUUCUGGUUUGUAAACAAGAUCUACAGUGUGGUCAAAGUGGACUAGAGGGCCGAAGCGAGGACUAACCUCUUGGCUGCCGCAGCGCCGGGCUCCUGGGUGCUGCCUGGGUAAUGAAGUGGUCUAAACGGGCCGGAACUGAAACCAUCACGUCAUAGAAAAAAAACUUGCAGAGCAGAGCCUGUCCUUUCUUUGUGCUUUAAACCUCUGUUGCUUUUUUUUUCUUUUUAAAUAUAAAUAUAUAUAUAUAUCAUAUUGUUUCACUGUUGACCCAUAAUACUCUGAGUGGCGCCUUGAAAAUCAGUGAGGGUUCCAGUGAUCGAGUUGGCACUAUGAGCCGUUUGUUUUACUUUAAUUUUCUAAAGAAAGUAAGAAAUUUAGUGUUUUGGUUUUCUAUUCUUUCACGGCUAAAUGCUCCUUCUUUUUUUUUUUUUCCUCUAUCUGUUCUGUAAUGAUUUGGAAAACAAAAUGUACAUAUGUUGUAUAAAGAGGGAGAGUGAGAAUGCUUCGUAAAGACUGUCACCAUUAUGAAAUCCUCCUCUGGAGUUUUUCUUCUGCAUACUUUGUUUGUUUGUUUGUUUGUUUUUUUGGUGUGAAUUGGGCUAAAUUUCCUUAAAUACCAAACUGUAAUGUAGUUUAAACAUAUAAAACACUGACGCUGAUAAGAUACAUGUCCAUUUUCUUAAAUUUAAGAUUCAGUAGAGUAGAAGGAUGACGCAGGUACUGAAGGCACGCCUGUGCCAUAGAGUGGAUCCAGUGUGUUACAUAUUAAGAAUGAUCAGGCCAAGAGGUUGCUUAUUAUGUGCUCCAUUGAGAUGCAUCCCUUAAUGAUCUAAAGUGGUUUGUUAAAUUGGUAGUUGCAUUUAACGCCGCUGCUGUAUGCUCCAAGCAGCGGGAAGUCAUCAGAGGUGAAACCUUUACAAAUAAAUGUAAUUAAUUCAAAGAGAAAA